UUCUGAUCUCCUUUCCUCUUUUCUUCUUUUCUUUCCCCAUCCCACCCACCCACCACCGCGACUCCGACCCUGCUGGCUGCCCUUCGCGUGGUGUGAGCCUGCUGCCUGUCGACCGCGAUUUGGUUUCCUUUCACUUUUGUCUUUCUUUUUACUUUCCGGACAGGCAAUCCACUGGUCCUAUAUUUUUUGGGGCCAUCAAUGAGGUGACAGUGUCUUGGAGUCCCGGGUCAUUCUUAAUUGUCUUUGCUCGAAUUUCUGCUCUUUUCAAUUCGUUCGGUGGGUCGAGUUUUCUUCUCCCAGCGACGGCUCAACCACCCACCGAGCUAAAGAAGCAAAGCAAGCUCGAGGGCUUCGCCUCAUCCCCAGUGUUAGCGAUUAGGUCGACGGGAAAGGAUCACGCACGAUAACACCUCUGAGUUACCGAUUACGACCACACAGCCCGGCCCUAGGUAUUCUCCUGGUCGAUAUACAUUUGGUCUCGUAAAAAAAACUAGGUCCCCGAAGGGACCCAACAGACCUUCACGAUGGCCUCAUCCUCAUCAAACGUCGUCGGUGUGCACUACAGGGUUGGGAAAAAGAUUGGAGAGGGGUCUUUUGGCGUUAUCUUCGAAGGGACGAACCUACUCAACAACCAGCAGGUGGCAAUCAAGUUCGAGCCCAGGAAGAGCGAUGCUCCCCAACUGCGAGACGAAUACCGAACCUACAAGAUUCUUGUAGGAUGCCCGGGAAUUCCCAAUGUUUACUACUUUGGACAGGAGGGUCUGCACAACAUUCUUGUGAUUGACCUUCUGGGUCCGUCGUUGGAGGAUCUGUUCGACCACUGUAACCGCAGGUUCACCAUCAAGACAGUGGUGAUGGUUGCCAAGCAAAUGCUUUCUCGGGUCCAGACGAUUCACGAAAAGAAUCUUAUUUACCGCGACAUUAAACCCGACAACUUCCUGAUUGGCAGGCCGGGCACCAAGACGGCAAACGUUAUUCACGUCGUCGAUUUCGGUAUGGCCAAGCAAUACAGAGACCCGAAGUCGAAGCAGCACAUCCCGUACAGGGAGAGGAAAUCCUUGUCAGGAACCGCGAGGUACAUGAGUAUCAACACUCACUUGGGUCGUGAGCAGUCCCGCCGUGAUGAUCUCGAGGCCCUGGGCCACGUCUUCAUGUACUUUCUUCGUGGAGGCCUGCCAUGGCAAGGCCUGAAGGCUGCUACCAACAAGCAGAAGUACGAGAAGAUUGGAGAGAAGAAGCAGACCACCGCGAUCAAGGAGCUUUGCGAAGGCUUCCCCAUUCAGUUCGAGAAGUACCUGACAUACGUCCGCAACCUCGGUUUCGAAGACACUCCCGACUACGACUACCUGCGCGAACUGUUCACCCAGGCACUGAAGGAAUCAGGCGGCGUCGAAGAUGGCGAGUACGACUGGAUGAAGGUCAGCAAGGACAAGAAGAACGACUGGGACAGGCAGGCGAUGCACAACCCCAGCCAACGCCCCGGCGCCUCAAACAUGGAGCUUCACGGUGCCUCGCGGGGGGCCCAUGCAUCCGACCUCCGGGAUCCUCGAGCACGCCUUACAGUCGACCGUUUAAACGCCGCACAACCUCCGCCUCCUUCACCGAUCAAGGCGAAUCAAGGGAAAGAUCGGCGAAACGCGCCCGGCGCAAUUAUGGCGUCGAGGGGGACCGCAGGGGGCCUGAGAGACAUGGCGACCCCGACAGGAUCGACUCAGGCGCAGUUCCAGAACAGCACUCAGAACCUGCCUCAAAGGCCAAUGCACCAGCAGAGCAACAUGACCCAGCCACAACUGAAUAACGGCAGGCCUGCCGAACCAGAGCCAACCGGCUUCCAGAAGUUCAUGAAGGUUCUUUGCUGCGGUUAAAUGAUUCACUUGAUAUUACUCAGGGUCAACUGCCAUGAAACCCGAGAGGCAGCUCGGUAAUCAGACCAUUUUUAAGCCCCGUUGGGGAACACGGACGGAUACGCAGAUCCAGCUUUUGGACAGUCCCGGCUAUUUGCAUGUUUUGCCGAGUUACCCCCCUUUUUUUUCCCAGUGACCGAACGGCUCACUUGUUUGAUAUAAUGAACCACAUCCUUCCUGUCGACAGCUUCGCCGGUCAGCGUCUUCCCAAAGGUCGACUGUAGGCCCAACACUUUGGGAAACCUGCACCAACAUAUCAGGCGCACCAGCGGUCUUUUCCAGUCAGCCAAAUGCGCGGCUUGCAUCGAACAUGCGUUAUAGCCGGGGAUUCACCGGCACUAUUGCUCCUUGUCGUGCGACUAGUCUGAGACGGAUCGCUGACAUGUUGAAUGUCGACGACGAUGGAACUGGGACAAAGCCUUUUCAUCAUCACAACCACCCUCUUCUGCGGAGAUUGCGGAAGAAAUGAAAGCCAUACAAGCAGCAUACAGUUCGUUAAUAUGUUUCGUUGGGCGCGCAGCAUCGGCGCAAGGUCUUUGUUAUUCACGUUCGCAAUUCGAUUUUUUAGUUGCAUUGGGUCUCGGGGAGUUCUCUCCUUUCAUCAUUUUUCUAAACUCUUUUUGUCUCUUACAGCUCAUUUUUCAUUCUCUUUCCUUGUCUAUAAUAUGUCCAGCAACCUUUUCGGUGAAAGAAGAAGCAACUAGCAUGGAGUUUGUCAAGAGCAAGCGGAAUAAAGGGGUCGAGGAGAAGAAGAGAAAACACUACUUUUAUGAGAAUUAUUCAUCCAUCCGGUUCCUGUCCUAUCAGGCAAUUUUGGUUGCGAGUGUUGCCGAUCUUUGUGACAUAGAAACGAUAGAAGUCAGUUCAGGGCGCUGAGCGGCUUGGGCUUUUCCGAGUCGGCGAUAGAUAGAUGGUGGUAGUAAUGGAACUCGAUGGCUUGAAACGGCAUUGACCGCUGUGCGAGCCUGCUGCUGGUGUUCGUUAUGCUUUUUUUUUUCUUUUUUUUUUUGACAGCUG